CGCACAGCGCAAUUUCAAUCUUGUCCCAAUUUUAAUUCGACUCUAAAACCCUUCUUCAUAAACCUCUCAUCGGAAUUUGGCGCCACCGUCGGCCGACCGAUUCAACGUCGGCGAGAUGGAGGAGUCCGCCACGGAAGCUUUAAACACCUUCGCUGCAGAUUCGGAUAUAUGCCAACAGCUUCUGACUCGUUACGCUCGCUCCUCCGCCGCGCAGCAUCGCCACCUAUGCGCCGCCGCGGGCGCCACUCGCUCCAUGAUUCAAUCAUCGUCUUUUCCGCUGACACCGAUAUCCUACUUUGCUGCCACCAUCACUUCUCUCUCCAAUUUCGAGAACCUCGACGCCGAUGCUCUUGGUGCGCUGACCUCUUUGCUUUCGAUCGUGCUUCCGUUGGUCGGUAAAGGCGAAAUUAAGGCGGAGAAAGCGGGAGAGGCGGUUAGGGUUUUGGUGACGUCGGUGGAGGAGAAUGGGGGUAGGUUGGGGACCUCUGGUGUUAGGGCCGUCGUGAAGUGUGUGGGCGUUUUGCUUGCGGAAUUUUGCAAUGUGAAGGAGUGGGACUCGAUUUCUUUAGGUUUCGAGUGGCUUUUGAAAUUUUCACUGGAUAAGCGGCCAAAGGUUAGGAAAUGUGCUCUAGAUUGUCUCUUGACAGUUUUCAAGUCUUUUGAAUCGUCUGUGGUCUCAAAAGGGAGUAAAAGAAUAUAUUCGUUAUUUAAAGAUCGCAUCCCAGUGGCCUCAGAGAUGGCCACCUUAGAUGUUGUAGCCCGAUCAAAAAAUGAAACAAUGCUAAAGCCUGAAGACCAGGAAGUUCUUCAUAUGUUGAAUGUGGUGAAGCAUGUUGUUCCGUAUCUUUCUCCUAAAAUUAUCAUGAAAAUACUGCCUCCAUUGUUGAAGAUAUUGAGCUCCAAGUUCUCGGUGAUAACACGGCAUAUCUUUGAUGUUAUUUUGCCUAUACUUGAAACUUCAGGCGCUGAUAUAGUAAUCUCUAAUGCUGAGAACAUCUUUGCACCAUUGGUUUCAUACAUAUCUUUGAGGGAAAAGAAUCCGCUUGACAGUGUAUUGUUGGCUGCUACAAUAGCCAAAAUUGCUUUAGGUAAACUUCAUGUUGGCGAUUCAAGUGAUUGGGUCACCUAUUUUCCCAAGUUAAUCGAGUCUCUUGCAGGUCUUCUGACCUGCAAGGGUGAUGUUUCCUUACAGACUUCAACUAUACUUAGAGAACUGAUAGAUCAACAUGUUGAUGUAAAAACUCUUUCCGACAUUGAAAGCCAAGAAAUGGACAAAAAGGUGAUAAACGAUGCAGUGUUCCAAGCAAUAGAAUCCACAUGUGCCACAUUCUACAGUUUGCUGUGUUCUUCGUCUCAAAUUCAGGACGAGCACUUCUUUUCAGUAGUAUCUUUUCUGUUACUGCAACUUGGUGAGAAAUCCGACAUCUUUAUGAAGAAUUUACUCCUUAAGCUUGCUGAUAUGAUGAAUGCUACUCCUGCAAAUGCUUCAAAAACUCAAUAUCUUGAGGGCUGCAUUGGAUCUGCUGUUAUUGCCAUGGGGCCUGAGAAAUUACUCCUGUUGGUUCCACUUUCCUUCAGAACCAAAAAUUCUUCGUGCUCAAAUGUUUGGUUAAUACCCAUUUUAAAGAAAUAUGUAGUUGGCUCAUCACUGCAGUUUUUCAUGAAUCACAUUGCACCUCUUGCUAAAUCUUUUGAGAAUGGGUCCCGUAAAGUUAAAAAAUCAGUGAUUGGGCAAGAUCUGCAGGCUUAUGCCCGUGCAUGCUGGGGACUGUUUCCUGCCUUUUGUCGCAGACCAAAUGAUAUUCAUCAUAGUUUUGAGGCCCUAGCCAAGUUAUUAAUACCUUUUAUCAAAGAGAAGUCAUUUAUGCUUGAGGAUAUUGCUGUUGGUUUGCAGGAGUUGGUAAACGGAAAUAAAAUUGCACAUGCUUCUGGUCAGGGGUCUGAAGGCCUGAUUGAGUCUCAAGGGGUUAGCAAUCUUGCUGGGUGGGAUAUAGAUGUCAAAGGAAGACAUUUUUACACUAGGAAGACAGCAAAGAAAAAUAUUGAGGCUUUGGCUUUGUACGCUCCAGAGUUGCUUGAGGCUUUAACAGAUGUCUUCUUUGAGAGCCCUCCAAUGGAACGGGAACAUAUAAAGGGUGCAAUCAAAUGCUUGGCUUCUAUCAGCAAUGUUUCAGUAACAAAACAUUUAUUUGUUGCUUCGCUUGAGAAAUAUCAGCUUCUUGCCAAGACUGGUGAACAUGGAAAACCAGAGUUUGUUGCUGAUGGUCCAGUCCAGGAAGAAGAGAACAGGUUAACAGAUGAAAAGAGGUGUCUGAUCCUGGAUUUUGCGUCCUGCAUUGUUGAGGGAGCUGAUGAGGAUCUGGCCAAUCUACUCUUUUCUCUUGUUAAGCAUGCUUUGCAGUCGAGCAAUGAGGCUGUCCAGAUCGAAGCAUAUCAAACCCUCAGCAGAAUACUCGAGAGUAAUUCUUCGUUUUGCUCUUCUCAAUUUAAUGUGGUGAUGGGUUUAUUGGCCGGGAUGACGUCUGCAUCCAAUUCAAUGUUACUUAAAAGUCGAUUUACUUGUUUGCAGCCCUUGUUGAUUCAUGCAUUAAAGAAAAACAGUGAUGAGGAGAAUACAGAGACCUUCCUUAUUCUGAAUGAGAUUAUUCUUGCAUUAAAAGAUUAUGAUGAAGAAGGCAGGAGACUUGCUUAUGAUGCAUUGAAUGGGAUAAGUUCAAAGUUAAGGAACUCGUCAGAUGUUUCUCAAGAUGACUUGUAUAAAAAACUUCUGGCCAUGAUUACAGGUUAUCUCUCAGGUUCGUCUCCCCAUAUAAAGAGUGGGGUGGUAUCUGCACUCUCAGUAUUUGUUUACAACGACCCUGGUAUCUGUUUAUCGAUGGCCGAUGUAGUCCCAACAGUUAUGGAGUUGUUGCACAGCAAAGCUAUUGAGGUUAUAAAGGCUGUUUUGGGCUUUGUGAAAGUUCUAGUUUCAUGUCUAAAAGCAAGUGAUCUGCAACAUUUUCUUCCGGAAAUAAUGGAUGGAGUUAUACGUUGGUCAUCUGUUUCUCGCCAUCAUUUCAAGGCCAAGGUGGUGGUGAUCUUGGAGAUAAUGAUCAGGAAGUGCGGCACGGCAGCCGUUAAGGCUCUUGCACCUGAGAAAUACAAGGAAUUCGUGCAGGGUGUUGUAGAGAAUCGUCAUGGAAAGAAUAGUAGUAAAGACAAUGGAAGCAAAGACGAUAAGCAACAAGCUUCCGGUACAUCAUCUACAAGGCAUCCAAAGAGGAAAAGGGAAGAAGAAUCUACCGUGGUCUCGUCCAAAGAAGACGGAUAUACUGAACCCGGGAAAAGGAAGAAAUUCAGCAAACAAAAUCCUGGGAAAUUUAUUCACAGAGGUGGGCGACAGUCGGAACAUAAAAAUCUGCAAAGGGACGAGUCUAGAAAACCUCAAGGUCGCGGAUUCAAAAAAAAUCUCCCCGACAAAAAUAAACAAAAGGACAAGACAGCCUCCGGGAACAAUAAGGGUAAAUUCCGAAAACUGGGCGCUGAGGUGAAAUUUUCUAAACAAAAAAAAGGGUAGGAAGAUGAUGGUAUAGAAAUCCGGGAUGUAGACUACAUUUUGGUGUCGAUCUUGAGGACGCCGAGCAUGUCUAGCCCAAAGCCCGACUGAGGAAGAGUUAUGGGUUGAAAAAAAAAAAGAAAGGAAAAAUGAGGAUGGAGGAGAUACAUUUUAGCCAUGGCAAGAUUUUGGAACAAUGGAAAGGUAUGAUAUUUCAUUUCCAGUUGAAUACUUUUGCUAAUUAUGAUAAAUUUAUGUUAAGGAAAAUGAAUUUUGAUAGUAAUUUAUAUAUAUAUAUAUACAUAUGUAUGUAUAUUUAUUGUGA